GAUCCGUCGACCCAGAGCAGGAAGCUCGUUCUCUGUUUCGAUGGCACAGGCAACUCUUUCAGUGGCUCCGGCUCUGACACCAACGUGGUGAAGCUCUUGCGUAUGCUUGACCGCAACGACAAACACCAGUACCACUAUUACCAGACUGGCAUCGGAACGUACGAUGUUGACGAUACCAGCGUCAACAAGAACUGGGUCAGCGAAAUGCGUAGCAGCAUCUCACAGAAGAUCGACAUGGGCUUUGGUACCACAUUCGAUUCCCACGUCAUCGCUGGAUACAGAUUCCUUAUGCGCUACUACGAGACUGUAGACAGGAUCUACAUAUUCGGAUUCAGUCGUGGAGCCUUCACCGCUAGGUUCUUGGCUCGCAUGGUCAACACUGUUGGUCUUCUCUGCAAAGGCAACGAAGAGAUGGUGCCCUUUGCAUACAAGCUUUAUCAGAACCGCCUGUCCAAAGACAAAGAAAAGAAUAUGAAGAACCAAGGUGACGCUAAGGACAACGAGAACAAUGUCGGCGGUGCCCAAGCGACCGAAAAUACAAAGGGUCCCACCAGGGGCAAGAGGGAUGAGAUCAAGGCCUUCAGCAAGGCCUUCUGUCGCAAGGAAGGGAGUGACCACGGAAAAGACAACAUCAAGGUCUUCUUUCUCGGCAUGUGGGAUUGCGUCAACUCUGUGGCAGUUCUCGAGCAGGUCGGCGACAAGCCGUCCUCAGUGAUGGGUACCGCAAACUAUGUCCGUCAUGCUGUUGCCGUGGACGAGUUCCGAGUCAAGUUCAAGCCUGCGCUUCUCGCGCAAGAUGUCGCCGAGGUUUCCAAGGGAAAGCACUACCACGAAGAAGAUAUCAAGGAGGUCUGGUUCCCUGGUAACCAUGGCGACGUUGGCGGCGGCUGGUCGGUUAUAAAGGAUGACCCAAACUGGAAAGCCAAGGAAUUCGAAAGGAUCAAGAAUGAGAAGGCGAAGAACAACGAUGAGGACCUCGAUGAUACCGAGGAUCUGCAGCUGAGCGACGUUCCCCUUUCCUGGAUGAUCCGUGAGCUUGAACUCGCGGACCAGGAGUAUGAGGCGAAGACGGGCAAGACGGGCCUGAAGUGGCGGCCAAGGCGCUUGGAAAGGUUCAAGUUCAGCAUCUACCAGGACAAGGUGAAGCAGGAGCAGGCUCUGAAUGGAUGGAUUCACGACCUCCUUCGACUUGGAAAGGGAAUGGGCUACUUCAAGCCGUUGAUGUGGUACCUCCUUGAGAUUUGCCCUCUUAUCAAAAGAUGGGAACUCGACGACGAGUCCAAGCAAUGGGAAAUUUGCCAGUGGCCACUCAAUAAGGGCGGUGCUCGAGACAUACCUCGCAACGCAAUCUUGCACGAGUCUCUACACCGACGCCUUCAUAACGAUAAACACUACCAGCCACAGAACAACCAUGGUAACUUGAAGGAGGCGUGCUUGAAG